CACACCCAUGCAUACUCACAUUGACACCUAUGGACAAUUUGGAAUGACCAAUAAACCUGAGAAGCAUGUUUUUUGGAAAUAGUCAAAUAGUCAUUAUACUUGAUUAAUUUUAUCCCCAUAUCUCUCGAAGACCCUUACAUUUAAAGCAGGGGUUUCUAAACGCCAGAUUUGGUUAGGUGAAAAUCUUUUUAGGGCCAACCAAUCGGCCUGACAUUCUUUGAAUUAUUUUAAUAAUAUUACAUACAAAUGAAAUUUUUAAUGAACAUUGUACCAUCCAUUUUCUUAACCUUUUUUAUCCCCUUUGGGGUCAUGGGACUGACAGAGACUGGAUAGGUCACCAGCCCGUCACAGGACCUGAACAGUUUCUUGCAAUGGCAUAUUUCUUAUAUUGACAACAACAGAUUUGUUUUUGCCAAUAUUAAUAUAAAUUUUUUCACACCUUUCAUUCCGGUCUGGAAGUCUAUCUUGAUUAUUGAACUAUUUGAAAACAGCCACAGUCUCUUGGCAUAUCGGGCAGACACAGUUGUUUCAUAUUUCCUUGAAAUCAAAAUAUGCCAAUUUCCGCUUGUACUGGAAGCUGUGAACUUUUCUUUUUUUUAAUUUACAGUUGACAUUUAAGAAAUGAUCUUGAAAGUGUCACAAAGAGAUCCCGCGACAGAGUUGCCACAGAUUUACAACAACUUAAAUCGUAACUUAGCCAACUAUACACUGAAGAAACUGUACACAGUUUUUAAAAAUUGCUGAGGGCCACAUAUACUAUUGAUUUUAUGAAAGAAACCUGUGAGGCGUUUAGAAAUGUGAACACGGGCCUCAUUUGGACAUGCCAGAUGUAAAGCAGUGGAUGUCUUUGCAUUGUUUCAGCUGAGUCCCAAGGGUCUAACCCCACAUACUAGCAUGAACAUCUUUCUCUUUGUUGUUCUAUUUGCUGUUUAAAGUUACUAGAAUCUGUCAGAUAGAAACCCUCCUCUCUUUCUAAAAAGAGUAUUUGGAUAUUGCUUGCAUGGCAAUACUGUUUUGCUUUGUGUAUAAGUUGAACUUUGUAAAAAUCUAUUAGAUCAAAAAACCUCAUUACAUUCAUGAAAUAAUGGAAUAGUGUGUUCACAGCAACUCAUUGCACGUUUUUUAAGAUUAAAGAUGGACUUGAGUGCAAUUAGUCCCUCAUAAGUCUGAACAAUAAAUUAGAUAUGACAAUACUAAUGAAUAGUACAGUACCAGAGUAUCUUUUGCUUGAUCAAUUAUUGGUUUACAUUUGUGCAUGGUACAUUUCCCUGUGUGGGACAGUUAUGCCAGAGAAACUAAACUAAGUACUUAAACUUUAAAUUCCAUCUUUUCCCUGCAAGCUCGGGCAAAUCCACGUCCACUAGGUUAUGAAAAAAGGAGGAGACUCCCACCUCCGCGUUUGCGUGGAAGUCCACGUUCAAAGGUGAAGUGGGUGCUACACCAGGGGGCGCAGCAGAGCGCGCGAGUAUAGCCGCCCGUCAAUCAGUGUCGGCGCGUAACGCAGCCCUGCAGAGGAGCUGGGACCCGAGUCGGAUUCACCUGUGGGGAGAUCUAACCUUCGCGAGGUUUUUCCACCAGGAUUCAUUACUUUCAGCAUGAGAGGGAUUCCCGCGUGAGAGACCAGUCAAGGAGCAAGAACUCCACCAUCUGCAGCCUGCAGUGUUCAACUUUGAAGUUCAAGAGAUCAUGCAAGGAGUCUGCUCCUGGACUGGCAGAGUUUGUGUUCUGCUGCUUCUGCUGCAUUGCCCCGACCAGCUGGACAGCCAGCACACAACAGACCACAGGAAGGUUCCUCAGAGGGCAGAAAAUGGAGAUGCUCAAAGCUCCUGGGGUUCAUGGGGUCCUUGGUCAUCUUGCUCCAGGACCUGUGGAAAUGGAGUCCAAGGGCAGACCAGAGCCUGUCUGCCUGUGUACAUGCAACCCUCCAGAGGAGCCGGUGUUCAGCUGCAGCAUGCAGGCCGCAUCAUUUCAGCUCUGAGUCCUGGAGCUUCUCCCCACAGGCAUGGAGGUAGAGCAUUCAACAGCAGCAGCAGGGGGGACCUGACGAGGGGGAAGCAGACCAGGCCUGCUGAACGCAGUCGGGUCACAUCCAUUCUUCCAGGGAAAUACGGCUACGGCAGAGGCCCCUACGCCGCUCCACUUCAAACAGAUGCAGGCCGGCGAUCUGAGGCCCCCCACCUGCACAAACAGAGACGCUCAGCUGCUGCUACUUCCCACCACCCGAUAGCGAGAGGGCGCAGCAGCUUCCGGUCAAACAGCCCGAACAACCUCCAUGGCUUUAGCAGACCCACACACUCCAAUGCACAACACCUGAGGCAUAACCAAGUGUGGGCGCCCCUCUACCAGCCUACCUCAUCCAACAUGGGGAGGGUGCAACCGGAGGUGCAUCCAGGGAGCCGGCAGCAGCAUCAGGAACGACUCUACAACCCACUGCCAACUUCUUACUGCUCAGGGGAGCACGCUCACUAUAGGAUCUGCCACAGCAAUGCUUGCCCUCCGUCCAGCGGACACAUCCGUGUGCUGCAGUGCUCUUCCUUCAACAAGCAGCCGUUCAUGGGCCGACUGUACGAGUGGGAGCCUUUCAAUGAGGUUCAGGAGGAGCAGCUCUGUGAACUGCACUGCCGCGCCGUGGGCUUCAGGUUCUACGUUCGGCACUCGGAAAAGGUGAUAGACGGAACGCCAUGUGGACAAAGCGACGCUUCUCUCUGUGUGGAUGGAAGGUGCACGAAUCUUGGCUGUGAUGGAUAUCUCGGAUCAGGAAAGGUCAUCGACAAGUGUAACGUUUGUGGAGGCGACAACUCAACCUGCAGGCUGGUCUCUGAACUGUUCAAACACAGUUUUUCCAAGAUCGGCUACCAUAAGAUAGCAGAAAUUCCAGAGGGAGCAACCAAGAUCAAUGUGACAGAGAUGGUGAAGAGUAGAAACUACCUUGCACUGCGAAGCAGAUCAGGACGAUCCAUUAUCAAUGGAAACUGGGCCAUUGAUCGCCCAGGGAGGUACGAAGGUGGUGGGACCAUAUUCACCUACCGCAGACCCAAUGAGAUCAGCAGCACCGCUGGGGAAUCUCUCUUAGCUGAUGGCCCUACCAAUGAAAUCCUGGAUAUUUAUAUAAUCUUCCAGCAGCAAAAUCCUGGUGUUCACUACGAAUACAUUUUACCCUCCCAGAAAAUAACUGGACCUCAGAAACCAAACCACAGACCAGAAGCUGGGAACGGACAGGAUGAACAGGAAAAGGAAAACGUCAACUCUGCAGAUCAGGGAAGGUCUCCACCUCAUCGCCCCGACAACCAGGUGCCGGCUGUGCAACCACCCAGACGUGGGAGAGAGUACAACUGGAAACAGACCAGUGCUACGGAAUGUAGUGUUUCCUGUGGAAAAGGUGUCAGAUAUCCCAUCUUUCACUGCGUCAACCGUCUAAACCACGUCCAGGUUUCGGACUCUCUGUGCGACAGCAGCAGCAGACCGUCCUCACAAGAGGAGGCGUGCAACCUGCAGCCGUGUCCAGGAUUCUGGGAUAUUGGUGAGUGGUCGGAGUGCAGCAAGACCUGCGGGCUGGGUAUGCAGCACCGGCAGGUUCUGUGUCGGCAGGUUUACGCCAACCGCACCCUCAACGUCCACACGAGUCACUGCCGACACCUGGAGCGGCCUGAAACAGCCAGUUCCUGCCAGCUGAAGAUCUGCAGCGAGUGGCAGAUCCGCUCCGAGUGGACCUCUUGCUCAGUGCCGUGUGGCUUGGGUCAAAGGUCAAGGGAGGUGCGCUGCGUCAGCAAUGUGGGGGACUUUGUUUCUGAUGAGGAGUGCAACAUGAAUCUGCGGCCCAUCGACAUGGAAAACUGCGACAUGGGAGCCUGUGCCAAGAGCUGGUUUUACACAGAGUGGGGCGACAAGUGCUCUGCUGAAUGUGGGAUGGGUGUAAAAACUCGCGGGGUCCUCUGCCUCACAAACCACAUUAGCAGUUUGCCUCUGGAGGGGUGUGGCAGCGAGCGUCCUGCAGACUCUCGGGUCUGCAAUAAUGGUCCCUGUGAGAACCGCAUCGAGUGGUUCACGGGUCCCUGGAGUCAGUGCUCAGCAGAGUGCGGCCCAGGAAGCCAGCAGAGGGCAGUGGUGUGUUUGGUGAAAUCAGAAGAAGGAAUCUCUGUCAUGCCGCCAUAUGAGUGUUCAUCCCUGAACCGGCCGCUCAGCCAGCAGAGCUGCAACCUGAAGGCCUGUGGCGCCAAGUGGUACCACACUGAGUGGAGCGCUUGCUCAAAGACAUGUGAGGGGGGUUUCCGUGUGAGGGAGGUUCGCUGCCUCUCUGAUCAUGAAGUGCAGUCCAGUGAGGGCUGUGACGAGCGGCUGAAACCUGCAGCGAGGGAGAGCUGCAACCCCGAGCCCUGCAUGCCUCAGAUAGAUGAGAACUGCAGAGACAAGUACUUCAACUGCAACAUGGUGGUCCAGGCUCGCCUCUGUGUGUAUGAUUACUACAAGACAACAUGCUGUGCUUCAUGCAUUCGAGUUGCCCACAAACAGAUGAUCCAUCGAGGACGCAGCUAGCGCCCUCUGCCAUCUCAGCUCCAUGCUGGGCUUCCUGACAUCACCCCGGCUCUGAGUGAACCCGGAGAAAAAGACUGAGGCAGGAAGUUAACGUUAAAGGAGUCUUGUUCAGCUAGUCUGAAGAAGUAGUUGGUUCAUACGGAAGCAAACACUGGGAUCCAAUGCAGUUUGAGGAACCUGCUAGAAAAGCAAUUCCCUGGAUAAGAGAAGCAGAUUAGAAGUAAACUUCUUGACUGCUUUGGUUUCCUUUUUAGUGGAAAUUUUGCUAAUCUUUUUUUUUUCUUCCUUUCUACAAGAUCGGACUUUGAUUGAGAGCUAAUGGAUGGAUUUCGUCACGGCACUCAGAUCCAUGUUCUUUAUCACCAGAAAAACAUUUGCUGAAUGUUUACUGUUGACCAAAGAUAUCUGACCCAAAAAACCAAUAACACACAAACCUCACUUUUUCAGCCGCUCCACAGAAACUGAAGAGGAAAAAAAGGAAUCUUUUAUAUUAUUUAUGUGCGUGGUUCCCCUGAGUGGACCAUCCACUGGUGACUUCCUUAUGACUGUUCUUCCUUUCAGCUCAUCCUGAUGUCUGAACAGAAUGUAGGCAUUCCACUGCUGGAUGGUAGAAGCAGAUGUUCAGAAGUCCUUUCUUUUGUAGAGGAGGAAACAAACUGAAAAUGUUUUUUAUCUCUAAGGAUAUAAUUUCUCAAUUGUACAGCCCCUGAUCAUCCACAGUUCCCUGUAAAUAUUUAUUUUAAACUAUUAUAAUAUUUUAAGGCACUCGUUUGUUCACUUUUUUUCUUAUAAAAAUGGAAUUUGUAUUCCAAAUAUUCUGCAGUGAGUGUUAAAUUUGCUAAAUGUUUUGUUCCAUUACUACAUGAUUCACCUUUAAGCUCUACAAUGAUACCUCCAACUACAAAGUACUGUAAGUGUGAUGAAGUCCAGAGAUUCUCAAGCAAAGACAAGUCCUAACAAUCUUCUAAAACGUUGCAUUUCUACCUUAAAUUGGAAAAUUGAUCUAUUUCAAUAGUGAGAAGCAGUUUUGUUUCAUCUCAGUCCCAAGCAGACCUGCUAAGAAUUGAGACGGUCACCCGCAGCACACGUGCAGCUUGUUUCUGUUACAUUACGCAAACUGUAUAGCAUUAAGCUUUACAUUUUUCAGGUGCAUUUUUUCCUCAUUUCAGGAAAAAAAAAACAAUAACUCUAUUUCAGGUCUUCUGUAUCAAAUGAAAUCUAACCUUGAUGUGAGUCUGAGAAUUUUACUUAGAAUUUUCCUUUUAUUAAAAACUGGACAAGACUAAAAUGAAGAAGAGACAAUGCUUUUCUUAAUUCUAAAUGUAAAUAAGUAAAUAAAUAACUAAUAAAUAUCAAAUAAAAAAACUUGUUGGU